AUGAAGAUCCAGGCCUCCGCUGUCCAAAACGUCCUCCCCAAAAUCCCUUUCCAUCCUGUCGACCUGGCUCUGCCUAAAGACAAGCUACCUACGACCACCUCCAACUUUUCGUCGCUUUGGGGCACUUCUCGCACGGUGGCUGAUCUGGUCGGUAGGGAGUAUGCCAUUGGGUCCUCGAUGCCCAGCCAGGAGAUCUUCUACCAAGAAGACACAGGAAUUUUUGCAUGUGUUUACGAGUCAUGGAAGAACCACUGGAACCUCCGUACUUCACCAGAGGACUGGUGGUUCCCUGUCGCCUGCCGCGUCGCGAAAGGCGUCGACAAAGCAGCAAAAAGCGGAUACGGCAGCGAGAAAGUGCGCGAGCUCUUCGUUGACCACGAGGGCAAGGAGAAUAUCUGCGUGGAUGUGGAUGUGUUCAACAUCUAUCAGGUUGAUUAUGAAGAUUUUUUCUCAAGAAUGUCCUCCGAGAUAACGGGAAAACUCAAAGUCCCUGAGUUCGCCAAGGCCAUGCAAAAUGACUUUUCCACUAGUACCACCACCCACGGCAUUGCCAGCCAGAUCAACCUGAUGGCUUCCAUGCAGGAGUUCUUCUCCUACGAGAUGGGACUGCGUGGCUGCGGAAUCAAAGGAGUGGAGAUGCUCGGUCAACAAGAAGAUUGGGAUAGGCUGGUGACCAAGAUCCAGAAAGUGAGGAAGGAGCUGGAACCCAUCAUGGGCUCGCUGCCGUACGACGUCAGUGAAGACUGGUUUGAUCAUGUGGAGCAGACCUAUGUCCAGCUGGCGAAGACUUAUGCAGCCAAAGACAGCAAGAGUUUGCAGGAGGCCGCAGACUUUUGGGCCGACAUCUUCAUGAUUGGCGAUGGCUGGAAAUAUGGACCAAGCGGAUUUGGCGGCCACGCCGCAAAAAAGUACAAUGGUUGGUUGAUUCAGUUCUUGACAGGACACGAGAGCGUCCUGGAGGAAGAUUUUUGGGAAGACAACAAUCGCGAGAAGCUCAAGGGGCUCAAUUCGGUGCCCAUGAAAGUCACAAUGAAAUGGAAGCAACCUCCCGUCGACGACAAGGCGACCUUGGUCGCUGGUAUUAUGGGAUUUGAAAAGCACGAAGAGACCUUCAACGGCGUCCCUUCGCUUCAGCCCAACCACAUGUGGGCAAUGAAGUUGAAGCUUUCGUCUCCUCUGCGCCGAUUGGAGUAG